GAAUGAGCUAUUACGGCAACAGCUAUCCGAUUGUAAACGUGGACCCCAAAUACUCGGGCUACCCCCCAGAGCAUAUCAUAGCUGAGAAGAGAAGAGCCAGAAGGCGUCUGCUCCACAAAGAUGGCAGUUGUAACGUGUACUUCAAGCACAUUUUUGGAGAAUGGGGGAGCUAUGUGGUUGACAUUUUCACCACCCUCGUAGACACCAAGUGGCGCCACAUGUUUGUGAUAUUUUCUUUAUCUUACAUUCUCUCCUGGUUGAUAUUUGGCUCUAUCUUUUGGCUCAUUGCCUUUCAUCAUGGUGAUCUGUUAAAUGACCCAGACAUCACGCCUUGUGUUGAAAAUGUCCAUUCGUUCACAGGGGCGUUUUUAUUCUCCCUGGAAACCCAGACCACCAUAGGUUAUGGUUACCGCUGUGUCACUGAAGAAUGCUCUGUGGCAGUGCUCAUGGUGAUCCUUCAGUCCAUCCUGAGCUGCAUCAUAAAUACCUUCAUCAUUGGAGCCGCCUUGGCCAAAAUGGCAACGGCUCGAAAGAGAGCCCAAACCAUUAGGUUUAGCUACUUUGCACUCAUAGGCAUGAGAGACGGGAAGCUUUGCCUCAUGUGGCGCAUUGGUGAUUUCCGACCAAACCAUGUGGUAGAAGGCACAGUGAGAGCCCAACUUCUCCGCUACGCAGAAGACAGUGAAGGGCGGAUGACAAUGGCAUUUAAAGACCUAAAGUUAGUCAAUGAUCAGAUCAUCCUUGUCACACCAGUAACUAUUGUUCAUGAAAUUGACCAUGAGAGCCCUCUGUAUGCCCUUGACCGAAAAGCAGUGGCCAAAGAUAACUUUGAGAUUUUGGUGACAUUUAUCUAUACUGGUGAUUCCACGGGGACUUCCCACCAAUCCAGAAGUUCCUAUGUUCCCCGAGAAAUUCUCUGGGGCCACAGGUUCAAUGACGUCCUGGAAGUUAAGAGAAAGUACUACAAGGUGAACUGCUUACAGUUUGAGGGGAGUGUGGAAGUAUAUGCUCCCUUUUGCAGCGCCAAACAACUGGACUGGAAAGACCAGCAGCUCCACAACAUGGACAAAGCCCCUCCAGUCCGAGGAUCUGUCACGUCAGACACCAAGGUCAGAAGAAGGUCAUUUAGUGCAGUUGCCAUUGUGAGCAGUUGUGAAAACCCAGAGGAGACCACCCCCUUGGCCAUAGAUGAGUGUAAGGAGGCACCUUAUCAGAAAGCUGUCUUGACUUUGAAUAGAAUCUCUGUAGAAUCCCAAAUGUAGUUUAAAUUGUGAUCACGAAGGUUGCCACCCAAUCAUUCAACUCUGUAGCCAGUCACAUUGAGGCAAGUAGUUACACAAAGGGCUUUUAAGGGAUGGUAUAGCUAUGUGCCAUAGUGAUAGGGGUAAGAAGAGCAGGUUAAAUCUGGUAAAGAUAAUCUAAAAAUGGCAUAGUGCCCAAUUGCUUAAACUUUUUUUUUUUUUU